GCAAGAAAUGCAAUAACAAAUUCUUUUAAUAGUAGAGUAAAAGUUGAUUUAUUUGAUACAUUUGAUCAAGGAAUUGAAGUAGCAGAAUCUUAUAAAGAAAUAUAUUAUCAAGCACUUUAUAGUACAGUAUUUAUCGAUAUUUAUGAAAAUAAUGUGGACGAUAUUAUAAAAGCUAUAUCAAGGCUAAGAGAAAUAAAUGGGGAUAACAUAUUAAUUGUUUUCAUAGUAUUUUCAAGCAGUAAUGGAAGGUCUUUGGUAAAAACAUUAAUUAAAACAAUUGGAGGAUGUAUUACCACUAUUUUUAAGCCACUUACACCAAAAAAAUUAAUCAAUUUCUGUUAA